AAUCUAGCACGAAAACAAGCAUCGUGUGCUGCUGACUUUAAACUUAACCUGAUGAUAACGUAAAAAUAAUAGUUCCUCUAUUUAUGAUUAAUCAUUAGAUUUUAAAAAUUAUCAUUAGACAAAACCAUCGGUUUAAUGAUUAACCCUAUCAGUUUGCCGGACAGGCCGUUACGGUGUGGACAUUUUCAAGCUUCUCUCUGACAGCAGUAACGAAGCAGAUCGAGUGAGCUAAUAUUGUCUUCAGUCUUAUAUCGUGAAAUAUGGAGAAAUUUAAUACACAAUGUCGUAAUAAUAAACGUUAACACAACACUUCAUUUCUUCAUUUCUUAUUCGUGCAACUGAUAUAAAUCAUCAAUUUUGCCGUUUAAUAAUCAUGUACAAGUAAAGAAUAUAGAAUCAUGUACAAUAAUGUACAAUAAUCAUGAUUCGAUCCUUUCGGUUUAGUUCACAUGUCACUAUGUCACUGAAAUUCGAACUGAUAGCCGCGGUAUCUGAAAAUAUGGGCAUUGGAAUAAACGGUGAUUUACCGUGGCGUUUAAAAACCGAAAUGGCAUAUUUUACACGCAUGACAACGGUGACAAAAGAUGAAAAUAAAAAGAAUGUCGUACUUAUGGGUCGGCGCACUUGGGAUUGUAUGCCUGAAAAGUACCGGCCUCUGAAAAACCGCAUAAAUAUGGUGUUAACGUCGCAGUUGAUGAAUUACGGAGAUAAGGCGAUAGUGUGCUCAAGUAUAUCGAAUGCUCUCGAAAUAAUCGCAGGAAUGCAAAAUAAAGUGGAAAGAAUAUGGGUGAUAGGCGGAAGUAAAGUAUACAAGGAAACCAUCGAAUCCCCACAUUUUGGAAGACUGUAUCUCACACGUAUAAGGAAAAGCUUUGAAUGCGACACAUUCUUUCCACCUAUUCCAAAUAACUUUGUGCUGGUACAAGAUCCAGUGGUACCGCAAGGUAUACAAGAGGAAAAAGGAAUCGAAUUCGUAUAUGAAGUGUAUAAGAAGAAAUAA